AUGGUGUUUACGGACUCGCUCGAAACAGACUUCACCAAGAUUGCCGAGAUGGGACAAGCGGACGACUGGAUACGGCAGGAAUUCAACGUGGCCGUCUCAGAGGGUCGAGGCGAAUACGGCAAGGCCUUCCGAGUCGAGAACGUCUUCACAACCACCGAGUCGAGCCACGACACAGGCCUGACGUUGCGCGUGGGCGCUGGAGUCGUUGACAACGCGAUCUCCGCGGCGGAGCUGGACACGGCGCGGCUGGACAUGUACCAUGGCAGCUUUCGUGCUGGUAUGAAGAUUCCUCAGGUCAAAGGGACAUGUGCCGCUUUCUUCUGGUACUUCAAUGACACCCAAGAGAUCGACAUUGAGUUUCUCACGCGCGAGUUCGAGCCGGACAAGCAAAUCUACCCGGUGCACCUGGUGAUCCAGCCCAAGGAGACGGGGACGGGGGGCAUGCAUCAGCAGGUCCACCUCGACUUUGACCCGACGGCCGCCUUUCACGAGUACCGGAUCGACUACCUGCCCGGUCGGGUGGUAUUCUACGCCGACAGCAGACCUCUGGCGGCGAUGGAGGGCGACGGGGUGCCGCAGGUGGGGGGGCAUCUCAUACUGCAGCAUUGGAGCAACGGUGAUCCCCAGUGGUCAGGCGGGCCACCGGAGGAGGAUGCGUUGCUGGCGGUGCGCUAUGUACAGGCAUACUUCAAUUCGUCGCUUCCGGAUGGGGGACGAAGCAAGAGUGCAGCACGGCGAUGUGUGGUGCAGGAGACGAUCAGUCAUGUGUGA